GGCAGGAUGUCUGGCUGUGCUCAGGAAGAAGAUGAGUUGCCUGCCAAUCACACAGGUCCAAAAGGUGUGAUUAAUGACUGGCGAAGGUUUAAGUUGGACAGUGUGGAUCAGACUGCCCCUCAAAGCAAGAGAGAGCUGCUCAGACAAAUGUCCAGUCCCCGAGAGGAUGACAAGGAGAGACUCAACAGAAAGAUGAGUGUUCAGGAGUACGAAAUGAUCCAAGAAGAAGAUGAACGUUGCCUGAAACGCUACAGAAAACAGUGUAUGCAGGAAAUGCAUGAGCGCCUCAGCUUUGGCCCCACGUUUGAAGAGGUCCAUGAGCUCGAGACUGGAGAAGCCUUCCUGGAAGUCAUAGAGAAGGAACAUCGGUUGACGCUAGUGGUAGUCCACAUUUACCAGCAUGGUGUCAAAGGCUGUGAACAGCUGAACUCAUGUCUGGACUGUCUGGCUUUGGAGUACCCCAGCGUUAAAUUUUGCCGUAUUGAUGCUGUGGCGACAGGAGCUGCUGAGCGCUUCUCCCCAGAGGUUCUUCCUGCCCUGCUGGUGUACAAAGCUGGUGAGUUACUGGGAAAUUUCCUGGCUGUUACCAAACACUUCAAUGAAGACUUCUUUGCAACGGAUGUGGAGGGCUUUCUCAAUGAAUAUGGCCUGUUACCUGAGAAAGAGUUCACAGCAUGUGCUGAUGAUGAGGAUGUGGCAGGUGAGGUGGAGUAG